CGCUGCCCUAUAAAGAUCGGUGGAAUCGAGUCCCCCAAAGCAGUGAGAUCGAACCCUCCUCUCACACCGCAUCCCUGCGACUCGAGAUAAAUAAGCAAUGCUGAAUCCGGUGCAGAAGGCGAUCGUCCUCCUGGGCGUGUGUGUGGCCGUCGCCGUGUGUGUGGACAAGUGCAGCCCCGACUGCACCGGCAAGCCCGCGGGCUUCAUGGUUCCCGACCCCAUGGACUGCAAGCAGUUCUACUACUGCCUCAACGGGGAGUUCCCCAUGGACCACCCGUUCCCGUGCGGUCCGGGCAUGAUCUUCGACGUCAUCCUAAACAAGUGCCAGGUGGGCACCGACUGCACGGCUCAGUGUCCGACGGCCGUCCCCAACUGCCACUUCACGUGCGACGCUACGUACGACCUGGUCAGAGAUCCGUCGAGCUGCAGCCAGUACUUCCAAUGCCUCCCCCACGGGCUGGAGGGUCCCUUUGCGUGCGGUUCGGGAACCCCCUACUUCAACGGGGAAAACUGCGUGGACGACGAGGGCGCCUGCUGCUCCGACCAGUGCACCGCCUACUGCGAGGCGGCGAUGACGCAGAUCGCGGACCCCAAGAACUGCACCAAUUACUACAUCUGUCUGGCGCCGGGGCUCGCCUCCGAGGAGAACCACUUCCCGUGCGACGCAGGAGAGACCUUCAACAUUGCCACGGGACGCUGCGACAGCGGCGCCUCCUGCGUAACUCUUUGUGGAGCUUCCACCGUCGGCCCAACUGGAGCUUCCGCAAUAACAUCAAAUCCAUCCACAUCCAUCUCAGCUGAACCUUCCACAGCCACUCAAACAUCCAGUCCAUCCAACCCGUCCAUAUUUUCAUCCAAUCCACCCACUCCAUCCACAUUAACACCAAGCCCCUCCGCAACCCUCACGUCAUCGCCUUCCGUGACAUCCACAACCAUGGAAACGUCGACGACCGUGUGCAUCGACAGCCUCGUGUGCACCGUCCCCGGGGCCUUCUCGAAGUGCAAUACCUGCGACAAGGAAUUCUUCUACUGCGACACCAUAGGCCAGGAGGCGGGCGUGUACACCUGCACGGGAGACCUCGUGUUCAACCCCGACCCGGCCUACCCCUUCUGCGUCCUGCCCACCAACUGCCCCUAUCACCCACCCUACGAAGAUUAGGAACGCCGAGGCAACGAGACGACUGGCGAAUCUGUAGGUCUUCAGGCGUAUGAUUUCUGAUGUUAAAAGAUUUUAAAUUAAUUUUUUCCCGUUAUUAUCGUCACUUCACGUGCGAUCUUUUUUUAAUCGAUGUAUUAGGUUAAUAUUUUUAUUUUUGAAUGAAUUUCAAUACUGCAGUUUAACAUUGCAAACUGCUUUAGUUUCGCGAAGAGAUUGCUCAAGCCCACGCUAAAUUUAAUUGAAAGUGGAAGAGCAAUUACCAAUCACACAUUUACCUUCGUCAAUAAACCCUCGAGUAAA